UAAGACCACGGCCCCAAGCCCGCCGGCGGCGCUAGCUAUAGAUAAUAAUAUAAGAGCGCUAGGGUUUUAGCAUCUCUUCCUCUCAGCCCUCUUCGCGCCGCCGGCUCCGUCGUCCCUGCAGCAGCAGCAACCGCCGUCGCCAACAGCCGAAGAAAGCAUGGACACGCAGGUCAAGCUUGCUGUCGUGGUCAAGGUGAUGGGCCGCACCGGCUCCAGGGGUCAGGUGACCCAGGUCAGAGUGAAGUUCCUGGAUGACCAGAACCGUCUCAUCAUGAGGAACGUCAAGGGGCCCAUCCGUGAGGGCGACAUCCUCACCCUUCUUGAGUCCGAGCGUGAGGCCAGGAGGCUGCGCUGAGCAGCUAUGGUCCCUGUCUCCGGAAGUAAAAUGCUGUUGUGUUGCCUUUACUGUACUGCGUCUGUAUGAAGUUCUUGAACACUGGUUAUGUCUUGCGCUCAGCUAUGUAGGUCUAAUGAGUACAUCACUGGUUGCAGUUUUGGUCUGUUGCCUAAAAUUAAAGUGUACUUUGGUGUUGCUAGAUUGAUCUUCCUCUGUGACCUCCGGUGAUAUGAAUUUAUUGGAUGAGUGCUUUAUUGAAUCCUACUCUGAGUGCUACUA